AUGCAUAACAAGUCACUGCAAAUUCGAUUGGCAGUCCUUGGUCACAAUCAUCCUGAUGUUGCGUGGUCAUACAAUAACAUAGGAGUUGUCUAUCAUCGCCAAGGCAAGAUCGAUCAGGCUGUGGAUAUGUAUGACAAGUCGCUGCAAAUUCGAUUGGCAGUUCUUGGUCACAAUCAUCCCCAUGUUGCCAAUUCAUAUAACAACAUAGGAGUUAUCUAUCGUCACCAAGGCAAGUACGAUCAGGCUGUGGAUAUGCAUAACAAGUCACUGCAAAUUGGAUUGGCAGUCCUUGGUCACAAUCAUCCCCAUGUUGCCAACUCAUAUUACAACAUAGGAUGUGUCUAUCAUGACCAACGCAAGUACGAUCAGGCUAUGGAGAUGCAUAACAAGUCACUGCAAAUUCGAUUGGCAGUCCUUGGUCACAAUCAUCCCCAUGUUGCCAACUCAUAUUACAACAUAGGAUGUGUCUAUCAUGACCAACGCAAGUACGAUCAGGCUAUGGAGAUGCAUAACAAGUCACUGCAAAUUCGAUUGGCAGUCCUUGGUCACAAUCAUCCCCAUGUUGCGCAGUCAUAUAACAGCAUAGGAUGUGUCUAUUAUCACCAAGGCAAGUACGAUCAGGCUGUGGAUAUGUUGCACAAGUCACUG